CUCUCCCCCUUCCAGAGCUGUGAGAUUCCUCAUCAACAUACUCCAUUCGCCGUCGUUGCAGCCGUGUUGAUCUCGCUUCUAUUCACCAGUUUAGCGUCCAAGAGGUCACAAAAGAGGUCAGAGUCGAACAUCACACAAGUUCGAUUAUUCAAGAUGGUAGACCACCCCCCCAAGCGGCCAGCACACUGAUUCGGCCCCCAAACCAUGGAUUCCAUCCUUGAAAACACGCGAGAAUGGACCAACCUUGGUCGCGAGAUGAAGUCCUGCACGUCGCAUCGGCCGAGUGGGACUGAAUGCAGGCCGAGGGCGAUGUUAGAGAUGGUUGCAUUCGAGAUCCUAACGGGUCGACACGAUCUGUAAAGGACGCUUUCUGUUUGGUAGGUUCGGUCCCUGAGUGCAGAAGCUUGCACGACGGAAGGGAAAAUUUCAAAGGUCCUAAUCAAUGAUGAUGGACCAUCCAGUACAUCGUUGUAAGGAGGAGAGGCUGGUAUUUGAGAACCGUUAGAAAGCUGAGCACCAUCUCGCCCCGCCAAGACCGUUACACCACACCAAUCUAUGCAUGAUUUGGAAUCCAGCCCCGCCAUCGAUGACGACUUGUUGUUGUUGUUGUUGUUGUUGUUGUCUACGAGAGCAAUCACGAGAUACGAUAGUCCGAGUCCUCUACGCAGUACAUCCUUCUGGCCAACGACGCCACAGCCAAGUCGAGUCAGCCAUCAACAGCGACAGCCUCAGCCUCACAACCGCCCAGAAAUGCCAACCUACCUGACCCACGCCUUCCCCCCUCCCCCGCCCCCUGAUCCGCAUCUUCACCGUCCUCCACGACCUGUCAGAUUGCUCCCCCGAGCACCUCAUCUCCCCCUCCUCCUCCCACUCCUUCCUGUCCUGCCUCCGCAACACCUACCCAUUCAUCCCACCGCCGGACUCCCCAUCAGAUACGCCUCCCUCCGGUUUUGAUGUGCUGGCCUCACAGUCAUGCUCCCCCGUCAAAGUUCUCGAGGCGUACAACCCAGGGGACUUGUCAUCUGCUUUUACACCGUUUGCUUACAUAGCCGAUUUUGCGGUGAGGAUUGAUGACGUGGUUGAUAUUACUGCUAUCACGAGCCAGUACCUGGAAAGUGACUGGUUUCCCAAACUGAGGGAUGAGCUGAUGAAGAUUGGGGGCGGGGUGGUGGAAGCUGGUGGGGAGGGGGGAGAGGGGGUUGAAGCGGGGAGGGUAGGGUGGUAUGUGGUUGUUAAUGGGGAUGAGGAGAGGGGUUUCCCGGGGAAGGAAGAGGGGGAGGGAAGUGAUGGGGAGGAGGAGGAGGGGAGGAGGAGUUUUAAGUUGGAGGAGGAGUUACUGGGGAAGAGGCGGGAUGUUCAGGGUCAAGAUGUACAGCAAUAGCACGGUAGGGGGAGCUAGGGCUGUUGGAUGGAGAUGGAGGAGACCUUGUGUGGUGCCUGUUAGUCUGGUUGAACGGAUAGGAACGGUUGGGGGACAUGGAACCACAAGGCUGAAAUGUUUGGGGCCUGGUACCACGAGAAGCAAAACAUCUAGACUGGUCUUCAAGAUGACGAUGCCAUCAAUCAUCUCAUCACCUUCAGCUUGAAAUCAACAACCCAAAAAUACGUAAGAUACCGUACCAAAUUGCCCGUAAUUACACCCAGCUCGGCCAAAUCGGAUGACGUCGCCUGAGGCAAUGGGGUGAGUUCCCCACAUUUCCCCCCCCUCACAGACAAGCAACACACGCAGCCGAGAUGCCGAGCCUCUUCAGCAUCCCCCCAAGCAUCCCUGUCGAAUGACAAUUGCUUGGAUGAUGCUUUGGGCGAGCGCCCUCUUCCCCCUUGACCCAGUCGUGUGACAACUGGUUGCUUGGGGCCUUUGUUCCCGAUAUCUACCCUCAGCUCUCUAAUAUACCACGUAGAGCCCCCUUUCAAUUGAAUCCACUCUCAGUUACUGGCAUCCCCACGGCCUCACCGACCUACCUCGAACAGAUCGGCCAACCACCGGAGAUAACUCGUCCUAUCCUCGCGUUUUCACAAUUCACACCAGCCCCCUUCCCAUACUAGGGGAAAUUUCAGUCCCAAGGAAACAAGACUGGUUUAAAGAGCACCUCUUUCACGACAAUUCCCAUCUUUCAACCCGUCUUCUGGACAACACCUUGAACAACACCUUGGACAACACACCACCACCGCAAAAAUGACCAAAGUAGAGCUCACAGGCGUGGAAGUCGCCAAACACAAGUCGGCAGACGACUGCUGGGUCAUCGUCCAUGGCCGCGCCUACGACGUGACAGACUUCCUCCCUGAACACCCCGGCGGCUCCAAAAUCAUCCUCAAAUACGCCGGCAAAGACGCCACCGAAGAAUUCGACCCCAUCCACCCUCCGGACACUCUGGAGAAAUACCUUCCAAAAGACAAACACAAAGGUCCCGUCGACAUGUCCACCGUCGUCGUCGAGAAACAAGAGGUCCUCCCAGAAGAGCAGGAGAGAAUGAAGAGGAUCGAGGAGAUGCCCUUGCUCGAACAAUGCUACAACUUGCUUGACUUUGAGGGCGUGGCAAAGAGGGUGAUGAAGAAGACUGCUUGGGGUUAUUACUCUAGUGCGGCUGAUGAUGAGAUUACCCUCCGAGAAAACCAAACAGCCUUUCAACGCAUCUGGUUCCGCCCCAAAAUCCUCGUCAACGUCGAAAAAGUCGACUUUUCCACCACCAUGCUGGGCACCAAGGUCGACAUUCCCUUUUACGUCACCGCCACCGCUCUCGGCAAACUCGGUCACGUAGAAGGCGAGGUUGUCCUCACCCGUGCUUCGGCGAGGCACAACGUUGUCCAAAUGAUCCCCACCCUUGCCUCCUGCUCCUUUGACGAGAUCAUGGACGCUGCAGAUGCAAGCCAAGUCCAGUGGCUGCAGCUCUACGUCAACAAAGACAGGGCCAUCACCAAGAGGAUCGUCGAGCACGCCGAGAAGAGGGGUUGCAAGGGGCUGUUCAUCACCGUUGACGCGCCACAGCUGGGGAGGAGAGAGAAAGACAUGAGGUUGAAAUUCACGGAUGAGGGCUCGAAUGUGCAGAAGGGGUCAGGGGAGAAGACGGACAACAGCCAGGGUGCGGCGAGGGCGAUCAGCAGUUUUAUCGACCCGGGGCUGUGCUGGGAUGAUAUUCCUUGGUUCAGGUCCAUUACCAAGAUGCCCAUCGUUUUGAAGGGGGUUCAGAGAGUGGAGGACGUGUUGAGGGCGGUGGAGGUUGGGUGCGCGGGCGUGGUGCUAUCUAACCAUGGAGGGCGACAGUUGGAUUUUGCGAGGUCGGGGAUUGAAGUCUUGGCGGAGACUAUGCCUGUGCUCAAGAAGAUGGGGCUGGAGAAGAAGAUUGAGGUUUAUGUUGAUGGGGGGGUGAGGAGGGCGACGGAUAUCAUCAAGGCGCUGUGUUUGGGGGCUAAGGGGGUGGGGAUAGGGAGACCGUUCUUGUAUGCCAUGAGCGCGUACGGGCAGGAGGGGGUGGAGAGGGCGAUGCAGUUGCUCAAGGAUGAGAUGGAGAUGAAUAUGAGGCUCAUUGGGGCGAGGACGAUUGAGGAGUUGAACGAGGGGAUGGUGGAUGCACGGGGGCUUUUUAGCCAUGGGGUUGGGCCGGUGAAUUUUUUGGCGGAGAGGGUCUAUGAUCCGCUUGUCGGGCCGCCGCAGAGGGAGAGGAGUAAGUUGUAGGGUAAAGGGGAGGGGGGGGGGGAUCGAGGGAGAUAUACCAAGAGGGGUUGGGUUGGAGCAUCCCGAGGAACUGGCCUGGGCAGAGGUGCUCUGCUUGCCGCUGGAAUAUGAUGGCUCCAAGGAGGGAUGUUCCCUCUUUGCAGUUGUUGUUUUCCGGCAGCCAGGCAGGGGCACGCAUCCCGGCUGCUCUGUCCGGCCAGUUCUUGGGGAUGGGAUGUUUUCCAGAGCCCUACCAACUGUGUGAUAUGUGUAUAGAGGAGGUUGAAUGAUGUGAUUCUUUCUGGCAAGCUUUGAGUUUUCUCCCAGGAGAAUGGACGGAGGAUCAAGCUGAGCACAACGGUCGAGUCUUUUUAAAGUUUGCUUGCUUUACCCAUCGUCGGUACUUUCCCCAAGAUACUGAUUGAUACAAGUAAUCACCGGUCUUUCCUAACCACACCUAAACUCCAUUGCUGAAAACACCCCGUCCGCCAUAUGCUACACGCGCCGUAAUGUACUAAGCAGGUAGACAGCAACAACAACAACAAAAAAAAAAAAGCCAU